AAAAAUCUCUUUAACCAACAUAAAACGCCAAAUUCUGAUUUUGCACUGCACUGCGUAUUCUUCUCGCUCUUCAGAGAGAGAAACCGAAGAGAGAGAAAGAAGAAGAAGAAGAAGAAGCUUGUGGUGGUUGUUGGAAAAAUGGACGCAGCUAUGGGAUUGAUGAGGAGGAUUCCGCCGAAGCACACAGAGACGGCUCUCUCUGCGCUUCUCAGCCUAAUGCCUCACCACUCCUCCGAUCUCCUCUCUCAAGUUGAUCAGCCCCUUCAGGUUAUGUGUGAUGUGGACUGUGGGAAGGAAUUCAUCCUGUGUGAAUAUAAUAGAGAUGCUGACUCUUACAGAUCACCUUGGUCGAACAAAUACCAUCCACCACUUGAAGAUGGCUCCCUCCCUUCGUUAGAGUUGAGGAACCUUGAAAUUGAAGCAAAUGAUAUCUUUGCAAUAUAUCGUGACCAAUAUUAUGAAGGUGGCAUUUCAUCAGUUUAUGUAUGGGAAGAUGACAAUGAUGGUUUCGUGGCUUGCUUUCUGAUAAAGAAAGAUGGUUCGAAGACAGGGCAAGGUCGCCGGGGCUAUCUAGAGGAAGGAGCAUGGGAUGCUAUACAUGUUAUAGAGGUGGGACCAGAGGACGAAAACACAAAUUAUCGGUUAACCAGUACGGUUAUGCUGACUUUGACUACAGAUAAUGAAUCAUCGGGUACUUUCAGUUUGUCUGGAUCAAUUAGGCGACAGAUGAAUAUGAGGCUAUCAGUUGCUGAUGGACAUCUUUCUAACAUGGGAAGGAUGAUUGAAGAAAUGGAGAGUAAGCUGAGAAACUCGCUAGAUCAGGUAUACUUCGGAAAAACAAGAGAAAUGGUUUGCACACUGAGACCACCAUCUGAAGUGGUGCAGCUUAGGAUGCCUGAGAGCUAAUGGCCACUACAUGCAGAUGAGAGACUAUCUUUUCUUUAUAUGUUACAGCUUAUGGGGUGGCAAUUUGUGUCUUGCAUUUGCAGUUCACAAGAAGUGCUGGAGAUCAGGGAUAUCUUUAGUUUUGUGAAGGCGGCAGUUGUGAUUAAUUGCUGUUUUGGUGUGAGCUGUAUUGUUUCUGUAAUGAGUAGUAUUGUGUUUGUGAUUGAUACUGGAAUUGAUCCCGCACAACACACACAAUUUCUAAAACUGGUGACUAUGGAAUCACUGAUAACUGAUAUGGUGUUUUCUGUAAUUUUUAGCUUAUUCCAAGUUAGUAGCUUUCAAUAUUUGAAGUAUAUUAGCCA